UGUCAUUUGCCAAAAUGUUAUAUUCGCCAUAGAUGACAUAUUCGCGUCGAUUAGGUUUUGUUUAGUUUUAUACAAUUUUAAUAAAUUUUUGAUUAAAACGAAUAAAGUUUGUAUUUGCAAAUAUUAAAAAACAAGAAUGAAUAACAGCUCAGAUGAUUUGAAUGCCACACAGGCAUUGGACCGCAAACAGCGUCUAAAGGGCCUAAUGGAAGCAAACAGAGAUAUACAAAAUCGUUUAACGGUACAAAGUGUCGAAGACACACUCAAUGAACUUUCCAAUGUCGUAAAACAGUCAGAUAUCAUUCAUGGCGAGGGCAGCGUUACCGAUCGAGCAGAGCACACCAGUGAAGUUACGCGUGAUGUCCAACUGCUCAAAAUGAAUCACGAGCUAAUGUCCAAGGUUUUUCAACAGAGCUCGCUAAUGGGAUCUUUCAGCGAGCAAAUUUAUCAGAAUGCAAUCCGUCAAACUGUAGCUAGGCAGGGCGAUGAUGACUGGAAACCAUUCACGGAUGUCGCAUGCGCCAUUGCACGCACGGCACGAGCAAAAUCCACAAUGCUUGGGUCAUAUAAGGUUGAGCUGAAAGAACGUGUCGCAAAGGAGCGACAGCAACGCAAAAAAGCAGAACAGGCGGAAGAGAAACGUCCCGAGCGUGUAGAUAAGCUGCAGCGCCACAACAAAGGAGCCGAAAAGCUAAAUAUCGUACAUAAACAAUUAGUUGAAAUGUUUAAAAAUAAUGGCAAUGAGCCAAUACCUUAUUAUCAACUUAUUAUCGAUCCGAAAAAAUUUAUGAAUACCGUGGAAAAUGCCUUUCAAAUAGCUUUUCUGGUACGUGACAAUCGUCUUGCGAUUGAAACUGGCCCCGACAAUUAUCCACAUGUACGAUUGGUUCAUAGUGGCGAGGUUAACGCCGUCAAAGAAACCACACAAGCCAUUUGCACGCUCAAUCUGGAAAAGUGCCGCGAAAUGAUCGUUUUUUACGAAAUUCAUCAUCCAAUGCUUAUAAUUGAAUCGAACGAAGGCGAGUGAGGAAGUUGAUAAGGCGAGUCCCAACGAACCCAUCCAUGUCAAAAUAAAGUACAAUUUAAAAUAAAAACAGUUCCAUCUGUUUUUAAUAAGAAUAUAUAAAUACUAUUUUCGAAAUAAAGCGUGAGAACUUCAUAUUUUUACAAA